UCUUUGCCUCCAUGCGGCAGGCAGGGAGCGGUGGCCGGCCAGAUCUCCCCCAAAAAGCUGCGCCAAAAGCACGAAAUUCCCCACCCGAGCCCACGAAGGGCUCCCCAGCCGCCAUGGCGGCGCGGCCCGCCCCUUCCCUUCCCCUUCCGCCCUCUUGACGGUAACGGGGCGGCCGCUGCCCGGGGAGCUCCGCCUCGGCCGCGGCGCGGAGCCCCGCAUCAUUUUAGGAGAGAAUUCUGUAGCCUCUGGGAAUUUUUAAGAGACUGGAGCUUUCCUGGGCAGAACACAUCAUAUGGCUCGGUCCAUGAAAGGAACUGAUACUCACCCAGGGAAGGUGGACUCUUGAACUGAAGGAUUUAGCAGUGGAUUAUCCAUUAGAAAGAACUCCAAAGACAUAUUCUGUCUCCCAAAAUUUUCAGAUGAAGAUAUGAUCCCAUUGUGGAUGUUGUAGCCAAGCUCAAGUUACCAAGACAGGUUAGGAGUUGACUAUGGGAGUGCAAUUCCUGCGGAAGGCAUCGGUGUGGGUAAAGAAGCACAAGAUCACUUUGUUGGCUACUUCUUGCGUGGGACUGCUUGGCGCUAACCUUUCGUAUCAUGUGUUUCCUGAGCAGACGUUCAAACUGUUGCAUGAGUGCUGGUCAGAUGGGCAGCCAGCUGAGCUUUCACAGAGGCUCAGUGGUGUCUUUCAGGAUGUCCUUCAAGAUACCGCUGUGAAGUCCACUGACUCCUAUCGAGCUUUUGCAGCUUCUGGCUUCCACCCAGUCAGUGCUGGAAUCCCCUGGCUACCUGCGGGUUCUUUGGUGGGCAUACCUCCUAAUUUUGAUAGCACAGUUGAGGACAAAAAAGGAAUAGUCGACCACGUUGUUGUGAUCAAUGGCAAAGAGGUAGACUGGGAGAGCAAUGAAGGUGUUGCUUUGAAGGAAGCUCUGACAUUUUCACCUGAAGCACAGAAGUUUGCAAUUGCCAGAGAAGUUGUGUAUUUGCAGAACGGCAGCCCUUUAGCAAGGGCAGUUGUGGCUCCAGUUUGUUUAGCUGGUACAUGUCUUUGUGGGGUAGGUAUAAAGAUAGCGCUGGGUUUAUCUACUGGCCCCACGGUAUUUCGUGGCAUCUGUAACCUCACAGUUGCCGCCGCUGGACUGAUCUUCUACUACGUUUGUUACGAUGCUGUGACCUAUUACCUAGACUGCAAGGCCGACAGAAAUGCAGCUACUGUUUCCAAAGACUAUGCCAGAGGAGGGGUGGAAUUUUAUGAUAAAAUCUUGUCCCGCAACAGAAUUCUUCGUGCUCUGAUGGGCAAAGAAGGGAUGAAAAUGUAUGCCCCAAGUGGUAACCUUUUCCCAAGGUACUGGUUCAGAAUAAAGUAUACCCCGUACACUUACCGAAGAGAUUUGAUUGUUAAUAUUUUAAGAGAGCUUCAGGCAUAGGAAGGGAGUGCUUGAAUUUUAAACUUGUGAAUUAUGUAUUCUCUUGGAACACUGCUGUGCUGCCUUUUUUUUUUUUUCUUCUGUAUCUUCAUUAGAAUUUUGGGGUUUAUUUUUGCAUAUAGUUCGAAAAGAGUUAUUGCACAUUCUGUGAAUAAAGAAUUCUCUCUUAAAAUAUUAAAGACUUGCUUCAAAAGUG